AUGGCUCACAUUCCUUGCCUGAUACAGAGCUUGCAUAAUUUACAAGAGAAACUUUUGACAUACUUUCCAGACUUGCACUCUGAAGCUGACAAUGGGCGAAGAUGGAUUUUAAACCCUUUUUUGGACAAGUCAAUAGAUCUGGCUGAUGUCACCACAAAUAUGAAAGAAACUCUUCUAGAUUUAGCUGCUGAUGGCAUGCUUAAAAUGGAAUUUUAUUCCCAAAAUGUCGACGUGUUUUGGAUGAAAAUAAAACACGAAUAUUCAGAGCUAGCAAGGGAAGCUCUAAAAUUAUUAGUGCCAUUCGCCACUUUAUACUUGUGUGAACUGACGUUUUCUGCAAUGGUAGACAUUAAGACUAAAAAGAGAAAUAGACUGCAAUUAGAAAAUGAUUUGAUUAUUGACGUUUCAAAAAUAACACUACGAUUUGACAAACUUUUGAAAAAUAAACAAGCCCAUUCUUCUCAUUAA